UGUUGAAUGUAUUUUUAUUAAUUCUGGUAAAAAACGUGGACCAAGGACACCAUCUUCCGUAAUCUCCAACGUGCAGGAUCACGCAUCCAGCUCCCCACAAGAACAUGACAACUAUGGAGAAUUUUCUUUUUAUUUUAUUCCUUAUGAUGCACUUCAAAUCGACACUUCUGAAGAGCUCGUUCCCCUUCUUAAUCAAGCUGAUUACUAUGUUAUGUAA